AAUGAUUUAGAUAUGCUGCACUUUGUACUUUAAAGAAGGAGGCAUAUCGUACCACACUGGAAUGGUUUGCGUAAAAGGCGCAAAACACGGAACUUCACAGCGGAAUUAUGGAGCAUUUGGCCAAACAAAAUCUGUUUGUAGCAGUCUACAACUAACUUAACCUUUGUGAAGACUGAUGGAAGUUGACAACAGCGUCGAAAACCAACUACAUUCAUGUCCGAGGGAUCUUGUUAAACCGUUGAGUUUAGUCAUGGAUGAUCAUGGAUCCCAGCCCCAUCCACGGAGCUCUGGUCUGAGGGUGUCUACCAAAAGCAAAGCACCUUCCCCGCCAGGACUGAAGAACCUGGGUUCCCCCGGCUUCUCCCAGUGGUAUCCAGGAAACCCUCAUUUAACCAUGGACCAGAAGGAGAACCUGAUCGAUAAAGACCUGUCUCUGGUCGUGGUUCUGCCCGGGGGGGAAGAAGAACUGACCACAGUCCAUGGAAGCAAACCCCUAAUGGAUCUAUUAGUGACGCUUUGUGCAAAGUAUCAUCUGAACCCAUCGAGCCACACUUUAGAACUGGUCACUGCCAAAAAGAACAACACCAAACUCAAGCCCAACGCUCUCAUAGGAACAUUGGACGCAGAGAAGAUCAUUCUGAAACCUAAAGGGGAGGAUAAAAACAAGAAGACGGGUCCCCAGAUGCCUGAGGCAACUGUUCGGAUGGUAAUAAACUACAGAAAGACCCAGAAAACCAUACUACGAGUCAGUCCUCGAGUUCCCCUGUCUGAACACUUACCAGCCAUCUGCGAGAAAUGUGAAUUUGACAUAGAGUCUACGGUUCUGUUGAGAGAUGUCCAAUCACUGGCCCCUUUGGACUUGUCCAGCUCUCUGAACGAUUAUGCAAUAAGGGAGGUUUAUGCAAGAGACACUAAAGGACCACCUGCUUCUCCUGUGUGUCCAGCCUCACCAACGCAUGCAGGAACAGUCACACCGGGCAAAGAUAAAAACCAGAAAGAGAAAGAAAACAAAGGCCUCUUUAGCAAGUUUAGAAAAAGCAAGAAAAAGUCUGACCAGCCAACCACGGCCAGCGCUCCUGCUUCUCCUGUGCUUGUGAGCAAGCCUCGACCUCUCAGCAUGGCCCUGCCGAUCUCCAAUUCGUCUCCGCUCGGCUCCCCUACGCUACUCUCAGACGGGCCGAAGAAGAGACGAGCACCGCAGCCCCCGAUCCUCGUGUCUCAGAGCUGCUCCUCGGACCCCAGCGCCCGCCGAAGAAUCAACUCUGAACCCUGUGCCCCCAUGGACAGAGACCAGAUGUCUGGUUUGAGUCGUGGCUCCUCAGCAGAAUCUUCACUGAAAAGAACCAAACGCAAAGCUCCUCCACCCCCCAUGUCCCCUAUUGCUGUUGUCCCAGAAACGGCUCCUCUGGAUGAAAAUUUGCAAGGAGGUGCAGCUGCUAACACACUGGAGGAGAUCAUGGAGCAAGAGGAGACCAGUGCCUCAUUAAUGUCUGCAACUGCUAGUGAAACCCAGGGAGAGGACAGCAGCCUCAACAUGUCUGCUGACGUUUCAAUGCAUUCCCCGUCCCCAGACACUGAGAUACUCAGCACUGUGUCCGUGGAGGGAAAUGGGGAAGAUCAGUCUUGUGAUCUGUCCUCAGAUGGCAAUCAGCUGCAGAGCGCAGUGAAUGAAUCUGCAACUGUGAGUGAUGUGAGGACAACUGAGGGCACAGACUCAUCUGAACCGGCAAUUACUAAUGGUGGUCCAUGUCCAGUUGAAAACAUAAGCCAAUACCCGAUGAGUGAAGAAUCAACAGCACAGAGUGUUGAAGAUGAUUGCAGUGCUCUCCCCAGCAGCUUCCCUCCGCCUGUAAUGCAAGAUGCAGAAGCACAGGCCUCUGUUCAGGCAAACACUGAAACCCUGCGGGAGCAGACUGACAGGUUGGAGAGCCCAGCGGCCAUCAGCACAUCAUGCCCCACUGGAGAAGACGCUCAAGUGCAAACAGAUUUGACACCGCUACCUGUGCCUCCACAACAACACACGGACAAAGCCCCGUCCUCGGAUAAUGUGCCUGCCUUUGAGUCAGCGGGGAAGAAAGAUACGGCCACUGAAACACAGGAAGUGGACGUGCCUGAUCUCAGCCCAGCCUUAUCCCACACCUCGGAGACCUCGCCAUGCCAAGACUCAACACCAAGUGCCCCCGCCGCAACAAAGGCAUCAACUAUUUAUGCCACAAACUCUGAGCCAAAGCCCAAGCCUUCCAACGAGCUGACGAGGGACUACAUCCCCAAGGUGGGGAUGACAACGUAUACUAUUGUGCCUCAGAAAUCUCUGGAGAAACUGAGAUAUUUUGAAGUUGCACUGACACUGGAGCCGCCUCCUGAAGCUCCAGAAGGGGGACUUGAUAUCGGUUCUCUUCAGUUGGAGGAGAGCACGGCGCCGAAGGGACAGACGGAGGUCUCGGAGGAAAAAAGCGAGCUGCACUCUACGAUACCCAGGGAAGACUCACUGACUAGCACUGCUACUACUCAAGACACUGUUACUGGAAGCAUACCUGAAUCCGUUCAUUCCUCAUCACCAACAAGUUUACCUAAAGCAGAAGACAAGAUCUCAUCCCCAGUUAACGGGGCAUCUCAAGCAGGUUCGCCAGCAGAGGUCAAGGAGGUAAAAAUUCCACCCGCAACUAAACCCAAGCCUGGUUCUUUCCGCUUGCCGCAGCAUAAAAAAACACCUGGGUAUUAUGUAACCUCAGCAGCAGAGAAGAAGCUCAGCGCCAGUCCUGCCUCUGGCCAGAAGGAGGCACACGGAGGUGCAGAGAGAGCUCAGUUACCACCCCCUCCUCCUCCACCUCCUGUGCAGAGUCCAGAGGAGAUGACAGAGGCCGCUAACGUUCAGCUGAGCCCGAAGGCGGAGAACAAGGCUGUAGCCAUCACACGAAUGACUAGGCAAAGCAGUUUGCCGUCCAGAGAGCUCAGCACAGGGUUAAGCUUGGAAAAAUUAAGGAGCUUCGCAGCCCCUAGGCCCUACUCUCCUGCAACCCCAUCCCGCUUCGCCCAGGCUGUGUCCUCUGCUGUGAAAAGGAGCCAUUCCUUAUCCCACAGCCCCAAGUCUCCUUACUCGCCUGUUACUCCACCCUUCUCCCCAAUCAGGAGUCCCUCAUCAGUCGCCGAGUCAGAAGGAUUCUCUGAGCUCAGGGACUCUGAGGAUAAACAGGUGGCUGGCGACAAAGGCUCCCGUCUGCAGGGAGUCGAGGGUCAACCACCAUCUCUUAGUGGAAUUGUUCAAAUGGAAGGAGGGAGCAGUCCAUAGCACUGCCUGAAUUCUUCUGACAAUACAUCAUCUACUGAGGAGCUUAUCCUGUCUACUUUGAGUUCUCCAGAACCCUUUAUCCCACCACACAGAAGCAGCAACUGUCUUUUGUUUUACCUCUUUUGGUAGUCUCCAGCAGUGUACAUAAAAUUAUGUAUUUUGAUAAUUAAUAAUUGCUGUAUUUUGGUUUAUUUUCUGACAUGUCAUUAAGUCAUAUCCCUGGCGCUGACCUGCAUAUUUUAAUGCUUCCCUUUUAUUUCGUGUGAUGACUAUCUUGCAUUUAAUGCAUUACUGUUGUGUUAACAAGAAUGUUAAAUGAGAACAAUUCUAUAAAUUAUUAGAAAAUGUAUUAUCUAAAUAAUACUGGAUGUGUAGGACAGACCAGGUCUGACCUAUGGUACUUAAAUGCUCCUUAGAUUAUACAUCCAAUCUAUAUUUAAGUAUUGCAGAGUUUUGAUUAAGCUAUAUGCAGAAAUACACUGAUGUGCACGGCACACAUGUUGUUCUUGUCAAACAGUGUUGUUAUGAAUAAAGCU